GAAAAGAAGGGAGAGGGAGAAAGGAGCAGCAGCGAUCCUCCGCUCGGGCUCUUUGCGGCUGAGGAAAGAGGAGUGGCUGCUCCGGCCUGAUGCAACCUCAAGUGCCCGGCGGGUGGAAGGAGGCCGGGCAGGAGCUGCCGAAAACUGCCCUGUCGGCGCCUCGUGCAUCAUCAGGACCAGCUCCUUUUGGAGGCGGCGCCCUUGCAAAACGGGAGCGAGGCGAGCCCUUUCCAGACGGCGGCGCUCUGGAAAGCGAGGCGCUUUUUUUGACUCUUUUUUUGCAGCCGUAGGGUUAAGAGCGGUGCUUGCCCAGAAGAGACUCCCCAGGGCAAAAAAAAAGGGGGGGGAAGCGGGUGGGUGAGACCAGGAGUGGGGCUGGGGGAGCGCCCCCCCCCCAGGGUAGUGCUGCCAACCCUGCAGCCUGCAAGACUGAGCAGCAACCCUGGCUGGAGGUUUCCGUGUCUUGAUCGUGUGGACAGUACUGCAGUGGGGGGGGGAGACACCCCCCCCGCCUAGGAAUCGCUUCCUCUAGGGCCGCCGCCAGCCCUCUUCCAGGACGGGCCUGGAUUCUCGCCCCCCGCAGCAGCCCCCACUCAGGGCGACCGGACGGGAGGUGGAGGCAGCCGCGGCGGCGUAGGAGGCUCUCCUCCAGCCACCCCGCGGACGCCCUCCUCCUCCUCCCUGCUGCUGCCGCCGCCUUGGAGGGGCGAAGAAGUAGGAGGCCGCCUGGCCGCCAGCGGGGCUGAGAAGCGACAUGGCGGCCGCGCUCCCCCGCCUCGCCGCCGGCUGCCUCCUGGCGCUGCUGGCCUGGGCCCUGGCAGGGCAGCCGCCGGGCCUGGAGCAGGAGGAGGCCUGGGCUGAGGCGGCGGCCUUUGCCGAGGAGGAGGAAGAGCCGCAGCCGCAGGAGGGAGAGGCCGCCGCCAGCUCCGACUCCUUCUUCUUCCCGGCGGGGGCGGCGGCGGAGCCCGGCCGGGGCCUGCUGGUGGCCUCCGCCUCGCCGUCCUUCCGCGGCCCGGGCAACAACGACUCGCGCCCCAACCGGGAGCUGCCGGUCCUGCUGUGGUGGAGCGGCAGCCUCUUCCCGCACUUCCCCGGCGAGACGGCGCGCAUCGACUGCCGGGGCCGCUCCUGCCUGGCCACCCGCCGCCGGCGGGCGCUGGGGCUGCGGCGCACGCGGGCGCUGCUCUUCUACGGCACCGACUUCCGCGCCUACGAGGCGCCGCUGCCGCGCCGGCCGCACCAGGCCUGGGCCCUCUUCCACGAGGAGUCGCCCAUGAACAACUACCUGCUCUCGCACCGCCCCGGCAUCGGCCUCUUCAACCACACCGCCACCUUCCGCCGCGAGUCCGACUACCCGCUCAGCCUCCAGUGGCUGCCGGGCCUGGCCUACCUGCGCCGCCCGCCGCCCCUCGGCCUGGCCGGGAAGGAGCAGGCGCGCCGGCAGCAGGGCCUGGCCCCGCUCCUCUACCUCCAGUCCCACUGCGACGUGCCCUCCGACCGAGACCGCUACGUGCGGGAGCUCAUGAAGCACAUCCAGGUGGACUCUUAUGGUAGUUGCCUGAAUAACCGAAAGCUUCCCAGUAUGAGACUGAGAGACACUUCUACAGCCACCACUGAGGAUUCUGAGUUCAUGGCCUUCAUCUCUAAGUACAAGUUUCAUCUGGCCAUGGAGAACGCCAUAUGCCACGACUACAUGACAGAGAAACUUUGGCGGCCGAUGCAUGUUGGAGCAGUCCCUGUCUAUCGGGGCUCCCCGUCUGUGCGAGAUUGGAUGCCUAAUAACCAUUCCAUCAUUCUCAUUGAUGACUUUGAGAGCCCCCAGAAACUUGCAGAAUACAUUGACUUCCUGGACAGGAAUCCAGAUGAGUACCUGAGAUACCUGGAGUACAAGAACCCUGGUGGCAUCACCAAUCAGUUCUUGGUGGAGAACAUGGAGAAGCGUGAAUGGGGAGUGAAUGACAUGAGCCUGCCCAAUUAUCUGAAUGGAUUUGAGUGUUUUGUCUGCAACAGGGAAAAUGCCAGACUGGCAGCAGAAAGGGAACAUAAGAAGACUCAUGGGAAAGUGCCAGCUCCUGAACCUCAUAUAGCCCAGUUCACGCAUAUGGGGUGCCCACCACCUGCACCUGGAUAUGGAAACAUUGAGGACAUUCCUGAAGGAGACAGCUGGAAAGAGAUGUGGCUACAGGAUUACUGGCAAAGUCGCGAUCAAGGCGAAGCACUCACGGCAAUGAUUCACCAUAACGAAUCACAUCAGGGAAGAUUUUGGGAUUACAUGCACAAAAUCUUCAUGAAGAGAACUCAGCAAAACUGAUAAUCAGUACUCAAUUUUUUUUCAGUGUUACACAAGGCAGAGCCUUGCCAAUUCCAAAAUUGCUCUUCUGGGACAACUUAGAAAUCAUCUUCUGACUUUGUAGACUGCUUUUUCCCCACUGCUCCAAAAGGAGGCCUGUUUCAGAUCUGAUUUUGGCAGUGCCUCAUUUGCUGCUGCUUCAGAAGGAACGAGCUUCAUCUCAUGGACAAACUUACAAAAGUAUUGUUUCCUCUGGUCCAGGGGAUCAUCCCAGAAAGUAUUGUGUUUUUGUGCCAAAUUAUUUUGAACAGGACCUAUUGGAUUUACCAGACAAGUCCUAAAUGGUUGAAUGUCAGGGAAUUUACCUCCAUUCACAAACAUUCGUUAUUAAUUUGUAGUCUCUUGGAAACAUCACCAAUUGCUUCCUAUUCUGAUGGCAGUGUUUAUCAGGUUGUUACUGAUAUAUAUCUGGCUUCAGGGGGAAAUUGAGAUUAUGAAUUAUGCCAAUUUGCACUGAUACCCAUUGAUCAAUUAAAGCAGUAUAUUUUUUCUAUAAAAUGUAUUUUUUCCCCACCCAGGUGCAUUUCCGUUUGCACAGUUCACUUUGUGGCCUUUCUUAAGUCUGUAAAUACUUUAGUUCACUUUCUAUGCACUAUGAGAGCUGGUGCAACACGGCCUUUGAUCGUGGUUGUUCCUGCUUCCAUCCAAGAAACUCAGAUUUUGUCUGCAGUCAGCUAUUCAGCAAGAGAGAUACAUAUGUGGUCUUUUGUGAACCCAAGUAUUUGUGUCCUGACAUGAGCUGGAUUAUUUUUUUCCUGGCCCUGAGUGGUUCAACAAAAUAUGUAUGGCUUAAAUGCAGGGACAGAGCAUGACUGAAAGCUGUAGAGGAACAGCUAGCUAAGCAGGGCAUGGGAACAACUCACAAAAACUCGUAGCAUAUUUUUUGUAAGUGGAGACCCUGUGAAUCCAAGCUUUGCAACAGCUACCAUUCAACAAUUUACAAAGGUACUAUUGUAUAAGGUGUAAACAAUACGGCUUAUGCUGCAAGAGUUUAAUUUGCCAUACAUAUUUGAAUAUCUGUAUUGGAUAGCCAAACCAUGGCCAGGGUAAGAGGUCAAGUCCAUGGGCAGGGGUCCAUGGGGUUCUCAGCCUUGGCGCCCCAGAUGUUGCUGAACUGGUGCUUCCAUCAUCCCACCCAUAGUGGCCAAAUGAUGAGAGCUGCAGUCCAACAACAUCUGGGGACCCAAGGUUGAGAAUCCCACUGUAGGAGAGAGACUAUCAGGUAGUGGGAUGAGGCAUGGCAAGAAAGGUGCUUUAGGAAAGGUCUGAAACAGUGGGAAUGACCAAUUAACUCCAUUGUUGCUUCAGAGGACCUAAUUCUGGUACAUCUGGUUCGGCCCUUGUUAUCCGCGGGGGUUCCGUUCCCACCAAUUUCCACAGUUAAUGUAUCCAUGCAUAACGAAGUUGGUUGGGUCUCCAUUGCCUGUCCGCAGAUACACAAAACUGCGAGUGCCAGGACUGCGGAUAACAAGGGCCACCUGUAGUCCCAGAUUUUAAUUCGCAAAGAGGCCCUUAUGCUUGGAAGCUGAAAUAAAAGGAAAGCUUUGCAGGAUUUGAAUGCGUAUCUGUAGCUUAAUUUGAUGAUGGUGGAAUCUCACACCCUUAAUUUUUCUGGAUUUAUUGGAGUUUGUGCAUUAAGUAUUAGGGUUUUAAGCAUGUUUGGUCCCAAAGAAAUUCAGCUGAUAAUCAUGUUCUGCUACCAGCAUAGUUGGUUUAAAUCUCUCAGGUUAGGCAGAAAUCCUGCCCAGUCUAAUCUUAGGGUUGUAAGGUUAUAAGAACAUAAGAAAAGCCCUGCUGCAUCUGUCCCAUGGCCUGUCUAGUCGAACAUCCUGUUUCAUACAGUGGCCCAUCAGGUGCCUCUGAGAAGCUCACAGGCAAGAGGUGAGGGCAUUCCCCCUCUCCUGCUGUUGCUCCCCUGCAACUUAGAGGCAUCUUGCCUCUGAGGAUGCGAGGUUGUAUGUCAACCCCGUUCAGCAAGAGAGGACCAUUGGCCUCCACAGAGCAAGCUACAUCACGCAGUGUGCCACAGGCAGAGAGCACAUUUCUGCAGAGAAGAUAACAUACAAGGAAAGGCAAAAGCUCCCAGGGCGACUAGCCAGUCCAGCCAUUUUUGAAACGCUGAAUAUUGUUGGGAAUAAUCACAGCAGCCAGCUUCAUCCACACAAUGCAGGGUUGCCAUAUGAAGAAGAGGACAGGUCUGUGUUCAGCCAGAGCAGUUUGUUAUGCAGGGGAAAGAACGGCUUCAUCUGUUGCAAUUUGCUCUUCUGUGCAACUCUUAAAGUUACAGAAGACCUGUCCUCUUUUCCAUAUGGCAGCCCUACCUGCUAUUAAUAACUAUAGAAGAGAGGAACUGGGCAGCUGCAGCUUGUUAUAAAGGGAGGGGGAAAGCUGGAUCUGCUGAAACGCCUUCUCCAAUUCAUCUAUUAAAGAUACAGGGGACCUGUUCUCUUGGAGUUCAAGUAACAAAUUAAUUGCUAUAGUAUCUGGGCCCCAGAUACUAUAGCAAUUAAUUUGUUACUCGAACUCCAAGAAGCCAAAUGCUUCCUUCUUAGUAGCCAAGUGUUCUGUCUGAAGAAGAGUUCUGUGCAUCUUGAAAGUAUUUCAACCCUAUCAAACCUGUGGUCCAGCAAUUGGUAGAACUGGAGCUACCUUCCAUUCAAGAAUCUGUAACCACUUGAUAAUAUGUAAUAUGGAUACAAAACCUACUGAGUUUAGCACUCACACAUUACAAUCAUGUAUGACUAUGCAUGCUGGUGAACAUGUUUGAGUAACAUUAUGAAAGGUUUGAAAAGGUGUGCAAAGAAAGAGGUGUACCAAGUUCAAUCCACUUUGUACUUACAAUGAUGUACCGAUCUGAUUGCCUAGUGCAUCCUGAAACUUGUCAAGUUUGGUUCCGCUGAUGUGGUGAGAUAAGAUUGUAAGGGUAUUGGGGGAAUUGGGAGCGGGGUGGGGACUAUCUUGGGAAUAUUUUACAGCACCUCAGUCCUGCAUGGAAGAAUGAUAGGUCACCUCCAGUUUCAUCCUGCUGUGUUGGGGUAAUAAAAAUGGCAUAUCAAAUUUUAGAGUAGGAAUGGACCUAGGAGAUCAGCCCCUGCUCAUUACAGGAAUUCAGACAGUAGUCAGGGGAAGAUAUUAGAGGUUAGCCCUUUCGAAUGAAAAUUACCUAAAUCCUGAGUUUGAAUCAAGCUCCACAAAGGAUUGUCACUUAAUUUUGAACUUUGGUCAUCUGAUUAAGAUGAUGGGACAUGUCCAGAUCUUGUCAGCAGCAGAAGCAGUUGAGUGAAUUGGCCCUUAAAUUAUCUUCCCAGUCUAACUGAAUUGAUUUUUAGGAAGUCUUUCAGAGCAAUGCAUUUGCCAUCACAGACAGAAGAACAGUUGUGCCCACUCUUCGAGCAUAUGAAGAAAUUUCUUUUGUCUUCUCUGCAGUGUUUUUCACAAGCCGGUGGCCAAGUUGUUUAAAUGUAGGUUUAAUGUGGAUAACCAACAUUAGUAUGAUUGUGUAAAUCCACAGCAAGGUGGUUUAUGGGCCAAGAUGAAUCUGAGACUCCCACCUUAGAUGGGUUCAAGCAAUCAUACUAAUGUUGGUAGCCCACAUCAAACCUAGGUUGAAACAAUUGUGUGAACCAAUCCAGUGAAAGUUUUAAGUAGCACUAUAUUUCUCUGGUGCUUCUUCCCAUCCUCUGCAGCACUUAAGUUCUACUCUAGUGGGGGCAUAGACAGCCUGGCCCAGGAUUUCUCUGUGCUCCUAUAAUAAUUUAAAUAACCAUCUCACUAUAACACAUCUCGCAGAAUGUGUGUUAUAAAGAGCAUCACUGAUGUAUCAUUUAUAGCCAGCAGUAUCUCUAGUAAAAGUUACUUUGUUCAUUCUCUUCAUGUCCCCUAGUGUUAUAUACCACUGUUCAGCAAAAAAUGUUCUCAAAGCAGUUUACAUAGCAAAAUGCAUGAGAAAAUUGUUCACUACCCAAAGGGGCUGACAGUCUAAAAAGAAACACGAGAGAUGCCAGCAACAGCCACUGGGAGGGAUGCUAUGCUGAGCUGAAAAGGGACAGUUCUUGCCUUGUUAAAUAUAAGAGAGCCACAAUUUAAGGGUGCUUCUUUGCCCAGUUAGCAGGAGUAAAAGUGAAGCAUUGCUUGCUGGAACCACAUUUCUUCAAUGUCUCAGAAUUCAUUUUUCUAAUAAAUUAUAUUUUUGAAUUAUAAAUAA